AUGGGAAGACUCCGCCGCUCUCGUGUCCACAAGGGAAUCCGUGAUAUCAAGCGCAAGUACCGCACCAAGCGUUACAUGCGAGAUAUCGACCAGAUCCAUGGCGAUAUCCAGCCUGAGAACGCCAGCAAAUACGAGAAGCCCGAGCUCGACCCCGAGUUGCCUGGACUGGGACAGUUCUACUGUAUUCAGUGCGCUAAGCACCACAUUAACGAGGAGUCGCUUGCGGAACAUCAGAAGGGAAAGAUCCAUAAGAAGAGAUGCAAGCUGCUGAAAGAGGAGCCUUACUCGCAGGCCGAGGCCGAUGCCGCAGCUGGACUCCAGAGAGCCGAUACCAAGCCCAAGAAGGCCAAGACUGAGGCUAUGGAUGUCGCUGAGAACUCCACCGCAUAA